UGCCACCUUCCCCCCGGCCAGGAGCGCAGCCGCCGCCGCCGCGUCCUCUCAGCUUUGCGCUGCGCCCGCUGCUUCUGCCGCCGCAGCCCCGGCCCAGGAGCGCAGAGCUCGGGACGCCGGCCCCACAGCCUGCCCACCAUUCGGACGCGCGCCGGCCGCGGCGACAUGGGGGGCUGCUGAGAGCGGACGUUUUUCUCUCUGGCACCACCUACGGCCACUGGCCUCUGGCCUCUGGCCAGCAAGCCUCGGGCACCUCUGGACCCCAGUCCGGCACCUGGCACGGCCCUCCGUUCUGCUCCUCCGGCUCUGAGCAUCGUGUCCCCGCCCCCCCCCCCCCCCCCCGCGCCUGGGACACCUGGGUCCCCCGGCGGCCCCUAGGAGAGGGGCGGGGGGGGGCAUGAAGCCACUGGAGAAAUUUUUGAAGAAGCAGACGUCGCAACUGGCCGGGCGAACGGUGGCGGGAGGUCCCGGCGGGGGUCCGGGGAGCUGCGGUGGGCCCGGAGUGGGUGGGGGAUCCGGCGGGGGCAGCGGUCUGACCGGGGGACCGCGGCCACUGCAGCGGCGGCAGAGCGUGUCGCGCCUGCUUCUCCCAGCUUUCCUCCGGGAGCCCCCCGCCGAGCCGGAGCUGGAGCCGCCAGCCGAGGAGGAAGCGGGAGAGCUGGCGGGGGUCGCGGAGGAGCCGGGCAGCGGGGGACCCUGUUGGCUGCAGCUCGAGGAGGUGCCAGGCCCUGGGCCGCUCGGGGGCGGGGGUCCCUUGCGCUCCCCGUCCUCGUACUCCUCGGAUGAGCUGUCCCCGGGAGAGCCCCUAACUCCGCCGCCCUGGGCCCCCCUGGGCGCCCCCGAGCGGCCGGAGCAUCUUCUGCACCGGGUUCUGGAGCGGCUGGCUGGAGGGGCCACCAGGGACAGCGGCGCAUCAGAUAUCCUGCUAGAUGACAUCGUCCUCACACACUCGCUCUUCCUCCCAACGGAGAAAUUCCUGCAGGAGCUCCACCAGUACUUCGUUCGAGCAGGGGGCGUGGAGGGCAGAGAGGGGCUGGGCCGGAAGCAGGCCUGUCUAGCUAUGCUCCUCCACUUCCUGGACACCUUCCAGGGCCUGCUGCAAGAGGAAGAGGGGGCCGGCCACAUCAUCAAGGACCUGUACCUGCUAAUUAUGAAAGAUGAGUCCCUUUACCAGGACCUCCGAGAGGACACACUGAGGCUGCACCAGCUUGUGGAGACGGUGGAGCUGAAGAUUCCAGAGGACAGCCAGCCACCCAGCAAGCAGGUGAAACCCCUCUUCCGUCACUUCCGCCGGAUAGACUCCUGUCUGCAGACCCGAGUGGCCUUCCGGGGCUCUGAUGAGAUUUUCUGCCGGGUCUACAUGCCCGACCACUCCUACGUGACCAUCCGCAGCCGCCUCUCAGCGUCUGUGCAGGACAUCCUGGGCUCUGUGACGGAGAAACUGCAGUACUCGGAGGAGCCCGCGGAGCGGGAGGAGUCCCUCAUCCUGGUAGCUGUGGCCUCCUCGGGAGAGAAGGUCCUUCUCCAGCCCACUGAGGACUGCGUUUUCACCACGCUGGGCAUCAACAGCCACCUGUUUGCCUGUACCCGGGACAGCUAUGAAGCCCUGGUGCCUCUCCCCGAGGAGAUCCAGGUGUCCCCUGGAGACACGGAGAUCCACCGAGUGGAGCCGGAGGAUGUUGCCAACCACCUUACAGCCUUCCACUGGGAGCUGUUCCGCUGUGUGCACGAGCUGGAGUUCGUGGACUACGUGUUCCACGGGGAGCGCGGCCGCCGGGAGACGGCCAACCUGGAGCUGCUGCUGCAGCGCUGCAGCGAAGUCACGCACUGGGUGGCCACCGAGGUGCUGCUCUGCGAAGCCCCGGGCAAGCGCGCGCAGCUGCUCAAGAAGUUCAUCAAGAUCGCAGCCAUCUGCAAGCAGAACCAGGACCUGCUCUCCUUCUACGCGGUGGUCAUGGGGCUGGACAACGCCGCCGUCAGCCGCCUGCGGCUCACCUGGGAGCAGCCUCCCAGACCCUACCUGACAUGCAAGCCCUGUCAGCAGCCGCGCUCAGACAUGCCUUCUCUUCCCUCGCACCCGCUGCAGAAGCUGCCGGGGAAGUUCAAGAACUUGUUCCGCAAAUUCGAGAACCUCACAGACCCCUGCAGGAACCACAAAAGCUACCGCGAAGUGAUCUCCAAAAUGAAGCCCCCUGUCAUUCCCUUUGUGCCUCUGAUCCUCAAAGACCUGACAUUCCUGCAUGAGGGGAGUAAGACCCUUGUAGACGGCUUGGUGAACGUUGAGAAGCUGCAUUCAGUGGCUGAGAAAGUGAGGACAAUCCGUAGAUACCGGAGCCGGCCCCUCUGCCUGGACAUGGAGGCGUCCCCCCAUCACCUGCAGACCAAGGCCUAUGUGCGCCAGUUCCAGGUCAUCGACAACCAGAACCUCCUCUUCGAGCUCUCCUACAAGCUGGAGGCUAACAGUCAGUGAGCACGCAGAAGCUGUCACUCCCACGCCCGCCGGGCUCUGGGGGCAGCUGGCACUCAGGCACUUUGCUCGAUAUCCCGACCCACAGUUGGACCUCCUCCCCACCCCACAGGAAGAGCUGGACGGACCGCCCCUAAGCCCCCAAGCCUGUCCUUCCUGCGGAAGCCCUCACCCCCUGCCCCGUUCAACCACGCGUGGCAGCAGCCCUGCACAAGGUGGCAGGGACCCCCUCCUCCGGCCCUCCCAUUGAGGACAGUUCCGGGGAAGGAGUUCCGGCUAUGGGUGCCUCUCAGAGCAGGCCUGUGGCAGCGCUGGCUGGCCUUCGUCUCCACCAGCUGUCCGGCUCCGCUGGUCAGGGCUGCGAGCCCCUGGAACACGACGUCACCCUGUGUGUGUGUGUGUGUGUGUGUGUGUAUCCGCACCCCCUUUUAGGGAACAGGAGCGUGUCUGGUACUUGAGGGAGCGUACUGUGUGUGCUGGGGGAGAUUUCCUUCUGUUUGGUGCUACCCUUGUCUGCCGUGCCCCUGGGACCAGGCAGGUACUCCCCCACCCCGCCACUCCCUGCCAGCCUCCUCCUGCUGCCCUGCAAGCCCAGUCUUGUGGGCCAAGCGGCUCCCCAGGGCAGGGAGCAGCAGCAGGUGGGCGGGGCUCCCAUCAGUCCUUGCGAGCCCCCCCUCAGGCCUCCUGAAGGUCCCUGAUGGGUAAAAGAUGCUCAGGGAAACACGGGCCUCUCUGCCAGUAGCACGGUCCCUCUGCCUGGCAGUAGGGUACAGCAGUAUCAGGAGCCUGUCGCCCUCACUCCUACUUUUUCCACUGCUAGGGAGGGAGUUGCUUGCUUGUGUCUGAUGCCAAGAGUGUGGUCUUUGCUCUUCUCCCUUCCCAACUCCCCCUUUGUCCCCCCCACAGAGUGGGGGUGGGGCGGAUCCAUGUUCCUGGGGCAGGCAGCUCCCCCCCCCCCAGAAGUGGGGGAUGGCAGAGACCUUGCAGAACACUGGAGUCUGCCGAGGCCUUGAUUACCUCUCUGUCUCCCCUCCCCCUCCCCCUCCCAUCGUGGGCCUCUAGGGUUGAGGGGUGCAGGGCUCCUGGCAGCUACUGGGUGAGGUUCCUGGUGCAGCCUCACCCUUCGUUCUGGCACCCCCUCUUUCCCUUCUGAAGAAGCCGCAGCAAGAGCAGCUGGGCUCCACUCUGAGGGUUGUAUAUAUUUUGUAUCCAAAGCUCUGGAAUUGUACAUUUAUUUUUUAAACCUCAAAGAGGGAAAGAGCCUUGUAUCAUAUGUAAAAAGUGUAUCAUAGGCUACAUUGUACAGUCCCUUCUACCCCGCAGUCUGUUUUGUCUACAGACAGGCGCUGUGUCCAGCCCCCUGCAGUCCUCGCAGUGCCCAUGGCCCCUCCUGCUCUCUGCCUCUUCCCUGCAACUGCGAUGCAUCUCCUCUCCCUGCAGCCCCAGACUCCGCCCCUUCGUCCUGACCCCUCUCAGCAGCUUCUCGAUCCCGCUCCCUUGAGCCCCCUCAAAUCCUGAGACCUGCUGGCCCAGUCUUGGCUGCUGCUUGCCCCUAGCCUUGAUGCCUGUCCUACCGCCUCCCAGGGCCCCCACUCCCUACCCCACCCCUGCCCCUGCCCCCUGCCCCACAGCUUUACCAGAGUGAACUGUGUGUAUUGUACAGGUUGUCCUUGCACACACUGCUGGCUGGAGAAGCAGCCGAUAAAGCCUAUGAAUCAACGUGC